CCCAUGUCUGCUUCAGGUGUGUCUACGCCAGUAUCGGCAACCUCGACGCUGCGGGGAGCGUCUCCCUCCCCGCUCAAAAAUGCCGUGUUGGAUCAAGUCCUGAAGCUGAAGACCUCAAGCAUCCCCGCGUCUAACAUCAUCGAGUCCAUCGCGUCCCGCGCUACCUCUAGCUCUACCGUCUUUAUAUAUGAUCUCGCGGAGCAGGUCGGCUUUGGCGCGCUCACAAAAUCAUGGGCCUGCACAGGCAGCGCGAACGUCGUGAGUCUGCAGACACGGUCUGGCGCGGGGCUGAGUCUCGUAGGGAGGCUGUCCCAAGGCUUGGGAUCCAGCAAGGACUCAGUGAGGUCUGGGACCCUCACCGCAUACACGACCCCCUCCGGGCUGGCGUCGAUGGCGCAGGCCCUGUCGUACCUGCCCAAGCCCACUGCGAACGGACGGCUCGUCAUCCAAGUGCCCGCCGUAACCCCGGUCGGUGAAUCGUUCACCUUCUCUCCGACACUUGCGCCUUUCGCCCCGUGCAUCCGGCUUCUGCCCGAGAGCUUCACGGUCUUGCUCUCAGCGACGCCGCAGGAGGCCGUCGACCUGGCUGCUAUCUCGUACAAGUUGCAGUCCUCGCACGUCAUCCAUAUAUUCGACCAUCACAGCUCUGCGAGAGAAGUAGGCAGCGCUUCCGCACCUAAUGUAUCUUUGGACGGAAAGGUGGACGGUAGUGUCCAGGACGCAUUGAAAGAGGCCGGAUACGAUUUCUUCGACUACGCCGGGGACAAGGAUGCGCAUACAGUCGUGGUUCUGCUUAAUGGUCCCCUAGCUUUGGCGGCCAAAGCGCUCGCGAGCCGCAUCUCUGGUCUGGGGGUCGUCGUGGUCAGGGUGCUCAGGCCCUGGAAUGAGGACGCACUCCGGGAGGUAAUCCCGAUCUCUGUAAAGAAGGUCCACGUUCUGGACGAUGUGCCCACGGAAACCAGUCAGGGAAGUGUAUACGUCGACGUUUUUGCCUCACUCUUGGACCCGGCUAAUCCUGGACCAUCUGUACACUCCCACCGUGUCACUCCAACUAAGUUGGAGCAGUUCCUGUCUAGACCGUCAUCCUUCGCAGCUGUGCUGUCAGCCUUGGUACCGGGGAAUGUGCAGGCACCCAUCCUGGAAUCUUCAGGCGUGAAGAAGCUGUUGCUCUUCAGCAGUCCAGGAUCGCCUUUGCAGGCCCUCCCUCAAACCAUUGAGGAUACCUUCCUCACCAGUCGUGCUCUCGCCGCGCGGAGGCUCACAGAUCAUGAUGCUUUCUCGAAGCCCGGUGGUAUCACAGUCGACAGGAUUAUCCUGUCCUCCAAGGAUACCGAGCAACCAUAUUUGCCGGUGCCCAUCCUCUUACCGAUCAAUGCGGAGGGCACGGGUGAGGCGGACUUUGUUGCCAUUCUGGAUCAAACGUUGCUGAAGACUCACGAUGCGUUAAAGAACGCGAAGCGAGGCUCUGAAGUGCUUGUCGUCACUUCAUGGGCUCCGACCGAACUGGCUUCCAAUCUCGCGCCGGAGGUCGCUGCUCUUGUCGCCGACAGAGAGCUUCACUUUUGCACAAUUAAUGCACGCGAGCUGUCGGAGGAGCUCGUCAAGGAGGAUGAACAAGCGAGGAAUGACGUUGAGAGCGUCAUCUCGUACCUGGCUUUCCUGAGGUUGUACCUCGGAAAGGCAGCGAACGAGCACGCUGUUAGGAAGGUCGCUCGUGCUGUUGUGGGGGAUAGUGUGCGAGGCAUCGAGUUGUCUGUUAUCAGCGAACGUGCCUGGGACUCGCUCGUUGAAGUCGAUCUUUCGUCUCAUAACCCUGCGGCAGAGUCGAGUAAAGGUUCGGCGGUCAGGUCCUUCAGUUUCAACGCCAUUGCCGUGGAGACAGAUGACGGCGAGACGGUCGUAAACGGCUCCGGGCUGGGGUCGUGGCAUGACGCCGCGAAGCACAUCAUAUUCCCGUCCGCCUUCACUCCCCAGUUCGAAGCUUCGUCAGAUCCUUACCCGCAGAACCCUGCCCUUCGACCUGAAAUUCCCGACCGGACAUACCUGGUCACCUGCACGGUCAAUAGGCGGCUCACUCCCAAGGAAUACGACAGAAAUGUGUUCCACCUGGAGUUCGAUACGUCGGGCACGGGCCUAACCUAUGCUAUCGGAGAGGCACUUGGUGUACACGGCUGGAAUGACGACGAGGAAGUGAUGGACUUUUGCAGAUGGUACGGCGUCGAUCCCAACCGGCUCAUCACCAUUCCCGUGCCGAACGCGGAUGGCAAGAUGCACACUCGCACGGUCUUCCAAGCUCUGCAGCAGCAAAUCGAUCUCUUCGGGAAGCCGCCCAAGUCGUUCUACACCGAUCUCGCGGAGUAUGCGACUAAGCAGACGGAGAAGAUGUCGCUUCAAUUCAUAGGCUCUGCGGAGGGCUCUUCGACGUUCAAGAAGCUCGCUGAGAAGGAUACUAUUCACUUUGCUGAUGUGCUGAGGAUGUACCCCAGCGCUAGGCCUGGUAUAGAGGUCUUGUGCGAGUUGAUUGGCGAUAUCAAGCCCAGGCACUAUAGUAUUGCUAGUUCGCAAGCUGUGGUUGGCGAUCGGGUGGACCUACUGGUCGUCAGUGUAGAAUGGGUUACGCCCAGUGGUUCCCCUCGAUAUGGCCAGUGUACUCGCUACCUGGCUGGUUUGAAGCCGGGCCAGAAAGUCACUGUCUCCAUCAAGCCGAGCGUUAUGAAGCUCCCGCCGGACAACAUGCAGCCGCUGAUUAUGGCUGGCCUGGGCACUGGCGCAGCCCCCUUCCGCGCAUUCCUACAAUACCGUGCUUGGGUUGCAUCGCAAGGCAUCCCCAUCGGGCCCAUCUACUACUACUUCGGGUCGCGUCACCAGUCGCAAGAAUACCUGUACGGCGAGGAGAUCGAAGCGUUCAUCCUGGACAAGACGAUCACCAAGGCGGGGCUGGCGUUCUCCCGCGACGGGCCCCAGAAGGUCUACAUCCAGCACAAGAUGCUGGAGGAUGCGGAGGCGCUGGCGCGGAUGCUGCGCGAGGAGAACGGUGUCUUUUACCUGUGCGGGCCGACGUGGCCCGUACCGGACGUGUACAAUGCGCUCGUGGACGCCCUCGUCAAGUAUAAUGGCAUGGACGCCAAGAGCGCCGGUGACUUUUUGGAAGGAUUAAAGGAAGAGGAGCGUUAUGUUCUCGAGGUAUGUUGCAUUAUUUCAUGGCCAUGUAACUUUUAG